AUGGCGGAGCUGCGGGCCUGGGCAGGAUCCAGUGAAUUCCGCAGGGCCCCAAUCCGCACUGCGUCCCGCAGGGCCCCCACCAGCACUGCCAUGCCCGUCAGGGUGAGCCAGAGGUGCCAGGAGCAGCAGGAGAAGAGGACAAAGCUCGUGAAGCCUGCAGGGAGUGAACAGAAUCCUUGCAGUGCUGUUUAUCGGCGACCCUACAGAGACAGGGUGAUUCAUUUACUUGCUCUGAGGGCUUACAAGAAGCCAGAGUUGCUUGCUCGCUUGCAGAGAGAUGGAGUCAUGCAAAAGGACAAGGGCAGCCUUGCAAAGAUCCUUCAGCAGGUAGCCAAGUGGAAUGCAAAGGAUAAUUCCUUCAGUCUGAAGGAACAUCUCUUUCAAACCCUUCAGACUGAUUGGCCUGGCUACACUGAAAUAGACAGACAGAAUUUGAAGUUAAUCCUUUCUGGAAAAUACAUAGCCAUUGUCUCCUUGGAGCAACGCCAGCGCUACAAGGAUGACUUCAAUGCCGAGUAUGAAGAAUACCGGAAUUUACAUUCUCUGAUUGGCAAGACCGUGAAGAAGUUCAGACAGUUUCAGGAGCAAUGGAAGUGUCUGACUCCAGGCUCUGAAUCCUAUCAGGCACUGCAUCAUCGAAUCCUAGCAGAUUAUCAGCAGUUACACCAGGGUAGCCCCAGCUACUCUGAAAUGAAGAGCAGGUGCCUGUACCUCCACAACAAGCUGGCCCAUAUUCAGAGCCGCAUUUCUGAAUUUGACCAGCUGUAA